AUGAUAGCAAUACAUGAGCGAGUGAAAAUGUUGGCAAAGCAGUCUUAUUUAGAAGGGAAGGUGGAGAAUGAAUUGGCAGCUGUAUUAGAAGAUGAUGUGAAGGAAGAAGACAUAGGCUUAAAUAGGCUGGAUGUCAUCAGCAGAAUAAUGGAAAUUAAUAAACACCUGGUAAACACCAGUGUUUGGAACCACAUUGUAGGUGGGGACAUGAAAGUUGGGACUUCCAAAAAUGCUCUUGUGUGUUUGAAUGGUCCUACAAGUUGCCUAUGGCCUCGUUCAAGAGAUGGGAAUGUUUACAUACCUUAUGCUUUCACAUCAAAUUUUGAACAAUACCAGCAAGAGGAAAUAUUUUCUGCUAUAGCUGAAUUCAGUGUGUUGACUUGCAUCAGGUUUAAGUAUAGAACAUUUGAAGCUGGCUACAUUGCGAUUUCCUCUCAGAGGGGAUGCUGGUCAUAUAUAGGUCCAUCUGGAGGGAUUCAACAGAAGCUAUCCUUGGAGAAACCUGAUUGUAUACAAAUCGCUGUAAUACAGCAUGAGCUGUUACAUGCAAUUGGUUUUUAUCAUGAACAUAACAGAAGUGACCGUGACCAAUAUGUAGACAUCAUAAUGGAGAAUGUUCAACCAGGUUUUGAAGAUAAUUUUGUGAAAGUUAUUACCAAUAAUCUGAAUACAAAAUAUGAUUACAGUUCAGUGAUGCACUAUGGAAAGUACCUUUUUUCCAAAAGCCCUAAAUUACCCACGAUUAUACCAAAACCAAAUCCAAACACGAAAAUUGGACAACUUGAUGGAUUCAGUGAAACGGAUAUUUUAAAGGUAAACCGGUUGUAUAAGUGUGAGGUUUGUGGAAAUCUGUUUGUUGGUAAUCAUGGAAGUUUUACAUCUCCAAAUUACCCAGGUUCUUAUCCAAAUCAUGCUGACUGUAAGUGGAUGAUCAGGGCACCUCAAAACCAAAAGACUGCAGUAAAGCCUCUGGGCCCCGAGUCUUUGCAACCGCCGGCUCCUGCUGCUGCCCUGGGGGUGUUUACCAGGGAGGGAGGGAGGAAGGGAGUGGAACUUGGAAAUGGUGGAAAUAGUCACAGGCCGCAUCAGCUGCCGGGCCGCUGGCAGCCCAUGUGCCGCCUGUUGGACUACGAUAAUGUAGACCAUGAAAAACUGUUGUAUUGA